UCCAAUAAUUCUUUUUCAACGAGUGAGUUGAGUCCACACUGAAUUAAGGAAUUUCCACCCACCCAUUUUAAUCACCUCCUCCCUCCCCCCUAUUCAUUCAUAAUAACUUUUGCUCUCCUCACGGAUUUCAUAACAUCAAAAUUCUUUCUUUCUUAUAAACAAAAAUGAAGGAUACCGAAUCAACAAGAAAACAAGACUUACCUCUUUUAGCUACACAUAAUGGUGGCGGUGGCGGUGGUGGUGGUGGUGGUGGUGGCGGUGCUGGGUUGUUUACUAAGAACAGGUACAAGUUUUGGGCCAUUUCUGCAAUCUUGUUGCUAGCUUUAUGGUCCAUGUUCACCGGUUCAGUUACUUUAAAAUGGUCGGGCGAUAGCAAUGCUAGUAAUCCCUUUAAUGACUCAUUUGAUUCCCCUGUUCAUGAUCUCGACAUAUUGGAAGUUGAGGACCGGGAGAAACUUGUAAAAAGGUUUUGGAAUGUAUACACACAUAGUAAAACCACACGGCUGCCUAGGUUUUGGCAGGAAGCGUUUGAGGCUGGAUACGAGCAUCUCACUAGUGACGUUACUGAAUUGAGAGACGCUGCAGUUUCUGAGAUAGCUAAGAUGUCUUUGGUUUCGGUCGAUGUUGAACCGUUGCCUCAAAACACGGGUUUGGGAGGAAUUAGGAAGAGAUUGAGGCAUGGAAUUGGCCGGAAGAUUGGUGUUUAGAAUUGCACACUAGGUGUUCGACAAAAAGAUUGUGAUAAUGCUAUAAGGUUACUACUAAACAGGAUCUUAUUGAGGAAAUGUGUUUUAAUUUAAUCGUGUCUUGCAUAGUAGCUGAAUUUGUUGAGUUGCAAACUGCAAAAGAAAAAGCGGUAAUUGUAUGAAAAGUGUCAUCAACAUUUAUACAUCAUAUAUGAUAAUACUAUAGGGGAACAAUCUAUGAAGAAACCCCUGGUCAAGAACAAGGUGUACUUGUAUAUGGAUCUUAUGAUUAUCAAAUCAAAUAUUGCAUUUUGUUUUGAUUA